UGAUUGUCAUUUGUCACUUUUCACUCUUAUAGUCGUACUCCGUGCCGGUUUGUUCUUAUCCCGCCCAAACUUCUAUUCAAAUAAUAAACCUCAUCCGCUCAAAAGAUUUCAAGCAACCCAAACACCGGAAAAAAAUGGAAUUGUCGAAAGGAAAAGGAAGCUCGGAGAUUGAGUUCACGGAGGUCGAGACAACCGCUGAGUUCCUGGAUGGCUCUGUCAUCUUCCACGUCGUCAAGGACGCCAUUGGUUUCGUUCUCUACAUGCACCAGCAAAUCCCUUCCAUUUUGCAAGACAUCAGUCUUGAAUUCGAUUCGAUGCAUACUGAAUAUAAAGAAUUGGAGAUGGAUCUUACAAAAACAGAGGCGAAGGCAUCUUUGCGACAAAAGCACAUUGGCAGAAUGAGAGAGGUUAAGCAAGGGAUCAGAAGGAUGGAAAAGUUUAUGAGUACAAUUUCAAGUCUUCAAACUGCAUUUCAACUGAUGAUAAGCGAGAUCCCCAACAUCCAUGAGGUUAUUUUGGUCCUUGGGUCAAAUCCAAUUCGACCUCAGCACGUUUAUCACAUGUAUUUUUCACAUGCAAAUCCUGCUCCUUCUGCUGAAGCUGAUUUCAUGAAAGGCAGGACAGCAGAAGGUCUUUCAAGGAAGGCUAUUAGGGCAUUGAUCUCAAAAGGUGCAGGUUCCAGUUCCUAUCCAGGCCCUACUAAGUUGUUUCUAAUGGUUAAAGCUCCCACCUCAUUCAGUCUGCCUUUGCAUUUUCUUCCAAAACGUGACUUCAGAUACAGCAAAAAGAUUGUGCCUUUCAGACUACGGUUUAGAUGUAGAACCCAAGGUUUGCAAAUGGAUGCUCCUGAUCAUGGUCCGCAGUCUGGCAGAUCAACUGGUUUGAUAGAUUCUUCGGAUGAUCUCAUCUGGUUUCAAUGUCGGCAUGCAAUAAAGGGCAUAGCCUUCAAGACAUCAGAAGAAGAAUAAGAAGAUGCAAGAGUUCGUGCAUAUUGAUAAAUAAAGCUGCAAGUUUAAUAGCUGUGGUUACAAGUGGCCAGUAAUUAGCACUCAUCUUUAUCUGCUAACCUGCAUUCUGAUUUACGACUUCAACCUGUGUAUCACUGUGUAACUGAAUCGACUUUAUUUUGUAGCUACCAAGAAUCUACAGAGCAUUAACCAUAGAGUUUGGCUUAGGCAUUAAUUAACUUGAACUGCAACUGUGCAAGGUUUUUUUUUUUUGGAAAUAUUUCAUCUAUUGUUAGUGUAGUUUUCAGACUACACAAGUAGAAAUAGG